AUGGGGGCAUUACUUGAUGUUGUAGGAAGAUUGAAGAACCUUCUAGACGGGACAUAUGGAAGUGGGCAGCAGUCAAAGGCUCUAAAAUCACCUGAAUUGUGGAGAAAGACCAUUGCUUUUCCCUGCUCUCAUUUACACAACAUCACUUAUAAGCAAUUUCACCCAGCCAAAGCUCCAGGCAUUAACGGCCUCCCGGUAAGUUUAUAUCGAUCCUUUUGGCCAUUGAUUGGGGAUGAUGUUAAGACCUUUUUUCUUGACAUCCUUCAUGGUCGAACUCCCAUGGAUUCGAUCAAUAAGACGGUGCUAGUUUUGAUUCCAAAAGUCAAGGACCGGACGUUAAUCCAUCAAUUUCGGCCUAUCGAGUUAUGCACAGUGAUUUAUAAGAUUGUUUCCAAAGUUCUUGUUAACCACUUGAAGCAUAUUCUACUAGAUUGUGUGGAUGAUACACAGGUUGCCUUCGUUUCGGGUAUAAUCAUCUCCGAUAAUUUUCUUGUGGUGCAGGAACUCUUUCACUAUUUGAAACAUGAUGCUCAUGGCCAUUCUCGUGGGGUUAAUUUAACACUUGACGUGGAGAAAGCUUAUGACAAGAUUGAAUGGUCGUUCCUUCAAUUGAUGUUGUUGCACCUUGGAUUUUAUUCGGAUUGGGUUUUUUUUCUCAUGACUUAUGCGAGAACAGUCUCAUAUCAGGGAUUGUCCUCUAUUUUACAGUUCGAUCAGAAUUCUCACCGUCUAUCUGGUCUGCGUACAUUUGCCCAAGGUCAACGAAUUACACAUUUGUUUUACGCCGAUGAUAUCUUUUUAUUUUUACAUGAUUCUGAAGCUGAGUACCACAAGUUGUAUGAAGUGCUUCACCAUUUUGAGUUGGCUUCGGGUAGAUUAUUAAUUCUAAGAAGUUCAGCAUUUAUUUUAGCCCACACACACGUGCUGCUCGUUGUGAUUUGUUGUGUUCGAUUUUGGGAGUCACAGCUGUUGCUGAUCCUUGUCGUUACCUUAGCUUGCCACUUCUUAUCAAUUCUCAUCGGGAAAGCUCUUUUAAUUUUCUUCGUGAUCGACUGGUUACGCAAGUUCGUGGUUGGACUACUAUUAUACCAUGGUGGUCGAGAGGUGUUUCUCAAGUUUGUUGGCCAAGCAUUGCCUACUUAUGCGAUGGGUUGCUAUCUAUCGCCCAUUGGUCUGCUUAAUGAACUCACUCGAGUGAUGCAAAAUUUUAAAAAUACUUAUGCCAACAACCCCACCAAUCCAUUACGAGUUGGACAGUCCAUGGUUCCAAAUCAACCAGUGUGGAAUGAAUCCUUGAUCCGUAAUGUGUUUUCCGAUUCGGAUGCAUCCUUGAUACUUCGUUGUCCUAUUGCGCCUUCAUCUUUUGACUUGCGGAUAUGGAGUGAACAUUCUACCGGUGUUUAG